AUGCCUUACAACCCACCAGGAUCCGCUGCUCCGGCACCAGCCCCCUACGGUGGCAGCAACAACAACAAUACUUCCUCUUAUAGUGCGACCCCUGCUCCUGCGUAUGGAUACGGGUCGUCUCCGGCUCCAGCUCCCGUCGUCAGCGCGUACUCCUCCAAUCCAUCAGGAAGUGGUGGUGGUGGUGGAUACGCAACUCCUGGUUACUCUAAUGCUCCGGCUCCUGCUGCCUAUGGUCAAUCCAGUGGGGGUGGCUAUGGGGCUUCUGGUGGUGGUGGUGGUGGUGGAUACUCGACCAACCCACCUCCUGCCACUUCCUACGAUCGAAAGCCAGACUUUUCACAAGCCCUAAGUGCUCCUCCCCCAGCACAAACAACACCAGCCUAUGGACAGUCGCAACCAUCCUAUGGCGGUGGCGGUGGUUAUGCCGCGACGACUCCUUCUGCACCUCCUGCUGCGUAUGGUGCGAGCACUCUAUCGUAUGGUCAAUCCAAUACAACUUCGUAUGGUGGUGGACAACCAGUGGCAGCGUCGUCAUUCGGAAGUCAGCCAACCUCUCGGGCUCCCAAUGAUUAUGCACAUGCUGGUAACAGUUCCGUCUUUUCACCAGGUCCCACCAACGGUCUCGUCAGUGAGGGCAAUCCCACACAAUGUCACAAGGUGGAUUAUGAAAUCAAGGGCCAUGAAAUGCAAUUGGUCGAAAUUGAAUUGGAUCCUCAGGAGACUGUCAUCGCCGAAGCGGGCGCCAUGAUGUUUUUGGACGAAGGAAUUGAAUUCAAGACCAAGUUUGGAGAUGGAAGUGAACCCAAACAGACCUUUUGGAAAAAGAUCAUGUCCGCGGGUGGACGACUACUGACGGGAGAGUCCUUGUUCAUUACGCAUUUUACUAACAUUGGACAAAGAAAGUCUAGAGUGGCCUUUGCGGCGCCCUAUCCGGGAUGCAUCGUACCGAUCAACUUGGCAACCACUGGCAACUCAAUCAUUUGCCAAAAGGAUGCCUUUCUAUGCGCUGCCCAUGGUACUUCUCUCAAACUUCAUUUCAACAAGAAACUGGGAAGUGGAUUUGUGGGAGGAGAAGGAUUUAUUCUGCAAAAGCUCAAAGGAGAUGGCAUGGCAUUUAUUCAUGCAGGAGGAACCAUUAUCAAGAGGGAACUUCGAGGAGAAAAGAUUCGAUUGGAUACUGGUUGCUUGGUGGCGUUUACGGAAGGGAUCAAUUUUAGUGUGGAAAUGGCUCCCGGACUCAAGACCAUGUUCUUUGGAGGAGAAGGUCUAUUCUUGGCGACAUUACAGGGGACUGGAACGGUUUGGUUGCAGUCUCUUCCUUUUUCGAGAAUGGCGGACCGCAUUGUGGCUCAUGCACCAUCUCUUGGUGGCAAACGACAAGGAGAGGGUUCCGCACUGACUGGUGGACUUGGAGAUAUGAUGAGUGGAGAUGGAUAUGGUAUGCCAAACAUGGUGGGAAGAUUCUAA